CACUCAGUGUUGUGAGCUGCUCUAAGCAGUUUGGUACGGUGUUGAUUUUAAAUCAAAAUGUUUAAUCCGAAGAUUGUUUUUGCUUUCUUUGCCCUAUUUGUGGCAAUCACCUAUGCUAAACCGAAUGAUCUUCAUGUUAUUGGAGGUCCUAAGAAUUUGCAAGGUGACGAUUUGAAGGAUGCCGAAAAUACAUUACAAAAUUCUUUAAAUAAACUGGCUGCAGGCGAUGGACCCAAUUAUAAAAUUGAGGAAAUCAUCUCUGCUUCACGUCAAGUGGUUUCUGGUUCUCUUUACAAAAUCAAAGCAAAACUUGUGGGCAAUGACAGUUCCACCAAGGUUUGCGAUGUCAAAAUUUGGUCUCAGCCAUGGUUGGAGAACGGCAUUGAAGUCACUUUUGAAUGUGAUGGAGAAGAAAAAGUUGUGAAGAAGCAUAGUGCUUAAAAUAUAUUAAAAAAAAAUAGUUAAAAUUUGA